AUGAGUCGCAGCUAUAAUGAUGAGCUGCAGUUUUUGGACAAGAUUAACAAAAAUUGCUGGAGGAUCAAAAAGGGCUUCGUGCCUAAUAUGCAGGUGGAAGGCGUGUUCUACGUGAAUGAUGCUUUGGAGAAGUUGAUGUUUGAAGAGUUAAGGAAUGCCUGUCGUGGGGGUGGUGUUGGUGGCUUCCUGCCGGCCAUGAAACAGAUCGGCAAUGUGGCAGCCCUGCCUGGGAUUGUCCAUACUUUUCUCUGUUCUGUAGGUGGUGUCGGAUUUGAUAUCAACUGUGGUGUCCGCUUGCUAAGAACCAAUUUAGAUGAAAGUGAUGUACAGCCUGUGAAGGAGCAGCUUGCCCAGGCUAUGUUUGACCACAUUCCUGUUGGGGUGGGAUCAAAAGGUGUCAUCCCGAUGAAUGCCAAAGACUUGGAGGAGGCCUUGGAGAUGGGUGUGGACUGGUCUUUGAGAGAAGGCUAUGCCUGGGCUGAAGACAAGGAGCACUGUGAAGAGUAUGGAAGGAUGCUGCAGGCUGACCCCAACAAGGUCUCUGCCAGGGCCAAGAAGAGAGGCCUUCCUCAGUUGGGGACCCUGGGAGCAGGCAACCAUUAUGCAGAAAUCCAAGUUGUGGAUGAGAUUUUCAAUGAGUACGCGGCAAGGAAAAUGGGCAUCGACCAUAAGGGACAAGUGUGUGUGAUGAUCCACAGUGGAAGCAGGGGAUUGGGCCACCAAGUUGCCACAGAUGCACUGGUAGCUAUGGAAAAAGCCAUGAAGAGAGACAAGAUUAUAGUCAAUGACCGUCAGUUGGCUUGUGCACGAAUCGCUUCUGCAGAGGGUCAGGACUACCUGAAGGGAAUGGCUGCAGCUGGGAACUAUGCCUGGGUCAACCGCUCCUCCAUGACCUUUUUAACCCGCCAGGCUUUUGCCAAGGUCUUCAACACAACCCCUGAUGACUUGGACCUCCAUGUGAUCUAUGAUGUUUCUCACAAUAUUGCAAAAGUAGAGCAGCAUGUGGUGGACGGAAAGGAGCGGACACUGCUGGUGCACAGGAAGGGGUCCACCCGGGCUUUCCCUCCUCAUCACCCCCUCAUUGCUGUGGAUUACCAACUCACUGGACAGCCUGUGCUCAUUGGUGGCACCAUGGGAACCUGCAGUUAUGUUCUUACUGGUACUGAACAAGGCAUGACUGAAACCUUUGGAACCACCUGCCAUGGAGCGGGCCGCGCGCUUUCUCGAGCGAAAUCUCGACGUAACUUAGAUUUCCAGGACGUCUUAGACAAAUUGGCAGACAUGGGAAUUGCAAUCCGUGUUGCCUCACCAAAGCUGGUUAUGGAAGAGGCUCCUGAAUCCUAUAAGAAUGUGACAGAUGUGGUGAACACCUGCCACGAUGCUGGAAUCAGCAAGAAGGCCAUCAAACUGAGGCCAAUUGCUGUUAUCAAAGGAUAG